AUCUCAGAAUUUGUUGAAAAUUUGUCAAGAGAUUCUACAGUCAGAAUCGCGAGAAGUGAUGGUAUACAACUACUGCCUGUUUUGUCAUAGCUUAUUCUGCUUUCAAGCAUGCCAACACAGAAUGCAAUUUAAAGGCUGUGUUUAUUACCAAUCAAAAGUACGUGCUAACGAUGAAGCUCUUGCACGGGAAUUGAACCGCUUACCAAGAAAACUGAUUAAUUUCGCUUUUGUCACUUUUGAACAAGAAUUCUUCGCAAGACAGAUACUGUCUGCGAAAGUCCAAUUUUCCUCAAUAGCCAUCAACACUCGAUGGAUAAUUGAUCAAGCACCAGAACCGUCAAAUAUUGUAUGGGAAAAUGUUAAAGAUAGAACUUUCACUUGGAAUUUACGAACCUCCUUCAUUAAUAUAACAGUUCUAUUGAUUGCCUUUUUUCUUACUACACCAGCUAUCAUCAUCAGCAGUUUCAAGUUAGAUCCUGAGAGAAUGACGUCAAAAAAUGUUUUCCUGGCAAGAUUUUUUCUGACCGUUGUGGUAUGGAUUCUGUCUUUGUCUAUUCCAGCACUUGUUGCAUAUUCUUCGCACUAUUUGGAGUUCGAAACAAAAUCAUCCAUGUACAUGUCUUUAAUGAGAAAAACAGUGAUAUUUUUGAUAUUAACAGUCGUAAUUUGUCCGUCUCUAGGGCUGACUAGUUUAAACGCCCUUAUUCAUUUUACCAUAUCGAAUUAUAAAGAAUUUGAUAAAUGGAAGUGCAUAUUCCUCCCAGACAAUGGAGCUUUCUUUUCUGAUUAUGUUAUGACUUCAGCAUUUAUUGGAACAACCAUUCAACUACUACGCAUAUCUGAUUUACUUUAUUGCUUAUUGAGUGCUCUCAUGGCCAAUUCAGAGGCCGAAAAAAUAGCUAUUCGAAAGAAUUAUUCUCCGUGGGAAUUCAGUUUUGGUGUUCAGUAUUCUUAUGCAUUGAUGAUAUUUAGUCUUACAGUGUUUUUUAGCAUUUUUUGUCCAAUUAUCUCCGUAUUUGGCCUGAUAUAUUUUAUUUUACAAAAUUUAGUUAAUCGGUACAAUAUAUACUUUGCUAUGGCUCCGUCCCAAAUCGGUCACAAUAUUCAUAUUCUAGCGAUAAAGUUUAUGAUGUUUGCCAUGUUGCUAAAAUCUACUGGGUUUUUCUGCAUUCUUUACUUAAGAUCAGGCUGGGAAAAUACAACAUUUGCUGCAAGUAUUGUGAUGUGGAUAAACAUGCUAAUUACCUUGACUUCUAUCAAUCCAUGCCGUUGGAAGUUUUUACCACCUUGUAACCUCAUACCUAUAAAAAAGCUCUUCAAACAUUACAGAAAACCAGAUGCCACUCGAUUGGAAGAACUUGAUGUAUUUCAGCCUAAGACUUUGGUAAAUUAUAUGCCUAUUAUUUCACAUUUGGACAAAUACAAUAAUCCUAUUCAGUUUGAAUAUCCUGAAGAUUCGGUGGACAUUUGAACAGCAGAACUACAAGCAAAUGAUUAAUAAUAUAUUUUUCAACUUGAUAGUUUUUUUAUAAUAUUUCAUUUUAGUAGUUGUACGAUUCUUACAGAAACGCCCUUCUUUUAUUUACAUGUUAAAUUUUGUGCACGACUAUUGUUUUUUUCUCUCGUUAUUUUAUUAAAUGUGAAAUAAAAGGAAGAAUAAAAUGUGUUUAUUUUCACUUGUUCAAAUGAGAGGCCUAUAUUGAGCACACAAGUCAGCAAAUGUAUGUAAUUUCAAUAAAAUAAAUAAAUCAAAUGAGA